AUGUCCGCGGUCGUAGCGGAAAGUGAACGCGAGCUUGGCAGAUCCGGGGGGUUCGAGCUUAUUUUCCCCGUGGCCAGGACCGCCAACAAAUACUUGAAAUUUUUCGACGGACCUCGCCCAUUCGAGCGUCUACUCGCCGCCGCUUCGGCGGCAAGAUCGCCCCACAGGGGUGCUCGGGAAGCCAGGGGUAAGGCAGCCCUAAAGGGGAUGCGGUACGGGCGGGACAGCCGGAAGAAAGGUGGUAGAAAAGGCGGUGAUGAACAAGAGCAUCGACAUCGGGUAGCUCAGUAG